AUGAAUUUCGUUGCUCGAGCCAUUUCCAGACGAACUUUCGCUUCGACUCGCCCUGUUCUUGGAAAAGUCUUCGAUCUUGGCGACAAAUCUGAAAUUUCUGGCAUUUUGCAAGAAUCGCCAAAUCUUUUGGUCGACUUCCACGCUUCCUGGUGCGGCCCUUGCAAAAUGAUGGAUCCUUGGUUGAAAAACGUCAUCGCCCAAGAAGAUGACGUAAAUCUUUUGAAAAUCGACGUCGACGAGUUUGAAGAUAUCUCCCUCGACUUUCAAGUGCGGGCAAUGCCGACUGUUGUCUUUUUGAAAAACGGCGACGAAGUGAAUAGAUUUGUCGGAGCUAGAGACGAGUCUGGAAUCAAAGAAUUUAUUGUCAACUCUAUGGAGCGCUAA